GAAGGCGACUGGUUACGGCCUUGAUGAUUUGAUUUCAGACUUCUUCAGUGCGAUUUGGCAGCACAUAAUUCAUGAUAUCGAUCGCCACAUCAGUGUGGGCAAACAGCAGUUGAGGAUUGCUGUUACUGUUCCCGCCCUUUGGUCGGACUGUGCACGUCAAAGGUUGAUGGCUGGGGUCAAAGCAGGCAUUCGCGGCCACAGCCUCUACAGCCAGACGGAUGUCACUCUACUUGACGAACCCGACGCAGCAGCAACCUGUUUACUCUAUGAAGGUGGGCUAUCGCCUGGAAUUGAGGUCGACGACGCUUUCAUAUUAUGCGAUUGCGGCGGGGGGAUGGUUGAUAUAACUGCUUAUGUCAAAGUUACUGCAUCAUCGCCGGCUAAAAUCCAGAUGAUAACACAGGGAGAAGGCAAGCUUUGCGGAGGGUUUCUAGUCGAUACGAGCUUUGAUAACUGGAUCAAACGCAAGUUUCCGCGUACCAGCACAGCAGACAGUGAAUUUUGGGAUUCUUUGAAACGUCAAUGGGAGUAUACAGUUAAGAGGACGUUCAGCGGCAGUGAUCUUCACGAGCCUCUCGCUAUCAACUCGCCCGCCGAUUAUCCUGGGAACAGCAUCCAGAUUCCAAAACACUCUGUUACUCAGUUCUUCGCGAAGACUUACUCUGGGGUUAGACAACUCAUCAAUGAACAUAUGAAGGCGGUCGAGCAAGGACACGGGAAGAUACCAAAGAAAGUGUUCCUUGUUGGGGGUCUCGGCGCUUCUCCCUACCUAUAUUCACAACUGCAGAACCAAUUUCAGAACGUUUCACAACCUUCCCAUCCACCGUCGGCAGUGGUGACAGGUGCGGUUAUCAUGCUUUUGAACCGUCGAUUCGCCAUAGUCUCCAAAAAGUUCAUGAAGGCAACAAAGCCAAGAGGACUUGCGUUAGGGGCAAAGACAUUCUUGCAGCCCUCGCAGACAAAUUCUAUCCAAGUCUUGUCUCAUGAGUCGUCAGACAACGGCGGCGACCCGAUUGAUGCAACUUCAACAGCUAACUGCUGGCCUAACGCUGUCGAUUUGUCAAGUUCUACUACUUCUAGCUCCGAGGAUCCUCGCCUGGAAUUAUCAAACAUUCUGGGCAAGCAAAUUAUGCUGUUACGGAAUGAAAACAAAGGGCUGAGACUAGAGCUUGAGCGCAUGGCGGGGAAAAAAAGAAUAGAAAAGGAAUACCAGCCUCAGGCGGGCGACGAUCAUCGACGGACGAAUGCCUCUACCACUCUGAAGUAUCCUCCCAGUUCCUAUCCUCUUGCUUUAACAGUUGUUCCACGGCCGUCGAGGGCAGCCUGGCCCGCCUACUAUGAGGUAUCAUGGCCAAGGCGAAACCGUGCUCAAAAGUACAUCGCGAUCGGAAUUGACUUCGGAACAAUUUACACGAAAGUUUCGUGGGCCUUCUCUGUUCACGCAGAUAUUAUCCAUGAUGUGACAGGCUGGCCCUCCAUCGUCCCCAGCCUGCAUGAGGUGGAGGUUCCCACUCAACUCGACCCCGGGACGGGUAACUGGGGUUAUAUGAUUCCCGAUAACCACGAUCGGAUUCGCUGGUUGAAGCUGCUGCUGCUCAACGAUGAAGACGCCAAGGAAUAUCACGACUCACAGUAUCUGGAACGGGCGCGCCAACAACUGAAGGGGGUUCCAGGAUACGCGGGAGACGGCGUGAUUAAGCUCGUUGCGAGAUUUCUCAGGGAAAUAUGACAUCACACACUGGAAGAUAUCAGACGUGAGAUUAGUAUCGAUACGUUGCCUUUAAAGGUUUGCCUAGCUGUGCCCGCUAUCUGGCCGGCAUAUGCGCGAGAAAG